GUAAGCAGCCAAUGAGAGGCAACGUUUGCAAAGGUCUAGGAUGACAUCUGGUGUAUUGACUGUGACCAGUGUUAGAGCUAGUUUUUGCUGUUUGGAAUGUGCUGCUGUAAUUCAGAUUUAAAGAGGUCUUUCCUGUUAAUUCAAAGCUCAUUGUGCCUCUUGUUUCCGAGGGAAGAGCUGAUUUAGUAAUCUAAAUGGAUGCAAUACUGAAUUAUAGGCCAGAAGAUACUGAAGAUUACUACGCGUUACUGGGAUGUGAUGAACUAUCUUCGGUUGAACAAAUUCUGGCAGAAUUUAAGGUCAGAGCUCUGGAAUGUCACCCCGACAAGCAUCCUGAGAACUCCAAAGCUGUGGAGACUUUUCAGAAACUGCAGAAGGCAAAGGAAGUUCUGACCAAUGAAGAGAGUCGAGCCCGCUAUGACCACUGGCGAAGGAGUCAGAUGUCGAUGCCAUUCCAGCAGUGGGAAACUUUGAGUGAUUCGGUGAAAAUGUCAAUGCACUGGGCUGUCAGAGGCAAAAAAGACCUGAUGCUGGAAGAAGCUGACCAGACUCAUACCAAAAAGACUGAAAACAAGGAAUGGAAUGAUGAACAAAGAGAAAUAAAGAAAGAAGAGCUGGCUUCGACCACAGAGAAAAUGGAGCAAAAAGAAUCUGAACCCCUGGAGAAGUCAGUCUCCCCACAGAAUCCAGAUUCUUCAAGCUUUUCAGAUGUGAACUCUUGGCACCUUCAUUUUCGCUGGUCUGGGGAUGCUCCCUCAGAACUCCUCAGGAAGUUCAGAAACUAUGAAAUAUGAAAUAUCCCUAUUCCAUAAAAAAGGGAGAGCAAGAUUGUCCCCUGUGCUGCCAAUACGCUGUCUUUGUUCAUAUGUUUAAAAUGUCAUGUUUAUUUGUCAUGUUUGUGAAUUACUGAUUUGAUUUGUUUGUGAAUUGUGAGUAAUGAUUGAUUUAUCCAUUCCUGAACUGAUUCUCAUAAUGUUUUUUAAAACAGAAAAUUUUCAGAAGAUAGUUUCUUUGAUAUUUAAAUAAAUCAAGGCUCUUAGAUCCAGAAUAGAUGAUGUUUUUUCUGGUUAAUGUUAUUUAUAGAAAUCCUUAUAUAAAAAGUCAAUCUCUGUUUAGUGCAUUUGAACAUUUCACUGAUGUACCAUGAUUUAUAUUACGGCUGGAUGUACAAGAAAUAUUUUCUGACUCUUAAAAUGAAAUGUGAAAUUACUUGUCCACACCCUAUGGAAUGAAAUAAAUAAUUUUCCCAAAGUUCAAAAA